UGUACUAAAAUCAAAAUGGCGGACAAAGAGGUAUAGAAAAAAUUGUACAAAAAGAAAUCGUUUUUCCCCCGUUCCAUUCUCUGGAUUUUCGACGCUGAGAUGGAGCAGCUAUAUCAGCAAACAAACAGACUCAUUUUGCAAGUCCAAGGGCAGCUUAACAAGCUUGGAACUGUAACUGCAGAUAAUUUAAUUGAAGUGGAACAAGAUAUUGACAAUGUGCUGCAAGAAGUAUCAUCUAAUUGCGACAAACUUAACAUACUGGUUAAUAAAGAACCCCCACAUAAAAGACAAAGUGCGAAGAUCAAAGCAGACCAAUUAAUCUAUGAUCUCAGACAUUUACAAACAGCUUUCCAUAAUUACCAGCAAAGAAAGAUACAAAGAGAACAAGAAGAAAGGGAAAGAGAUGAAUUGCUGAACAGGAAAUUUGCACCAAAUAGCAGUGGAGAAACAUCUAUUAUGAUAGAUCAUGCUCUCCAGCACAACACAGGACUACAGAAUGCAAACAGAGGAUUAGAUGACAUGAUUAGCAGUGGUUCCAGUAUAUUAACAGGACUAAGAGAGCAAAGAUAUACCCUCAAGGGAGCCCAAAAACGUAUUCUUGACUUAGCCAACACAUUAGGUUUAUCUAACACUGUAAUGAGGCUUAUUGACAAAAGAGCCACACAGGACAAAUGGAUUGUGCUUAUUGGAAUUGUGGUCACUUGUGCUAUUAUGUUUUUAGCUGUUAAGUAUCUCACAUGAUUUUAUGAAACUAGAAUCAUAUAAUUUAAAUUGUGCUAAAUCAGGGGGGGUUGGUCAUUCCACCAGCCGACUGCCACUCAAAUUACUAUGAUCAAAUUAUCAAUCAGCUACAUUCAUUCAAUGCACCAUGAACAGUUUAAUGACAGCUGCAUUUAGCCUUAGUUUCUAGGCCAAAUUGAAAAUCAGCUCAAAUUAUUAUUUGGCCAAAUUAUAGAAGAUAAUUGCUUGGUUUCAGUCAUUUGUUAAAAGACUUUGAAUCUCAUUACCUGCUCCAAAUGGUGGUCAAACACUGACCACCAUGUGCUGCUGUUAACCAGAAAGAAUUCUAAUACUCCAUUUUAUGGUUACAUUCAGUGACCACGAAUAAUAGUUCCUAGCCGAGGCUGGAGUUACUGCGCAUGAUAGGCUAGGAACUAUUAUUCGUGGUCACUGAACGGAACUGUAAAAUGGAGUAUUGAGAACUAAUGUGAUUUAGCUGAUAAUACAAGUAUACUUAAGUUAGGAAAACCCAGCUAUCCAUGGCCAAAUUAUUAAUAAAAAGCAUUGAUAGGCCAUGGAUGGUUGAUUAAUUGACUGACACUGACAACUGAGCUAGUAUCAUAUAUAUAUAUAAUAUAUAUGCUACAUGGCAUGAUUAAUAAUUGUAGGUUGACAUGACUGUAAAAGAGUUUAAAAUGCAUCACAAUUCAUUAUUAUCUUAUUAGACUUUCUAGCAGACCCUCCAGACUCAGUUGGGUUGAGGAUUAUUGCAGUACUAGAUGCACAGAGGGAGGGGUAAGGUAAUUCAAACCCAACCUACCUUACUCUACUCCUAAAUCCUUUCAUAUAGUAACAGCAUCACACUUAAUAUUACAAAGGAUACUGCAUCAUAUUUUUUGCAUAUUUUCUUAGGAACAAUGAAUUAUAUAUAAUAUUACCCAGUAGUGAAAGGCUACUAGUACAUUUUAAGUGAUGUAAUUUUACAUCAGAAUUAUAUACUAGGUAAAAUGAAAUGUUUCGCUUGACAAAACCAAAAAUGACAGCAAAACUGACAAACUACCAACAAUAAAAUCUCAUACAAUUUACCAUUUAUUAUGCAAUUAGUCAGAUUACUGUAAUGUACAAAGGAUUAAAGAUGCUCAAAAAUAAAUAUUAAAUUCAUUCAGUUCUUUA